GGGCUCGACGGGGCUUCCACGCCCGGCGCCUUGCUCUCCGCGGGCUGUCCGAUCCUGGCACGGGCGGGCCGCCUCCUCGCCGCGACGGUGGCUGGGGCCGCGGCGGCGGCGAGGGGCGCGGCCAAGGCAGUCGCGGCAACCGCGGCGAUCGCCGCUUCUGAGCGCGACGAG